AAUUGCAAUAUCAUGAAUGCAAGACGACCAAGAAAUUUAUAUGCAAGAAACCCCGUCCAACAAUAAGCUACGGCGCAUCGAGAGUCCGAGACCCAAAAAAUGUCUUUCUUUCUUCUCUGUUCCUCCUCGUGUGCUCUGGUGCGUGACUUCCACUUCUCCCAAUGGAAAUGGAAGAAGCCGUUGAUAAACCCCUUAACGUUAUCGAAAGCAAGGAGAGGCAGCAGCAGCGGCAGCUGCGUACGUUUAGCGAAUUAUCACAGGAAUAGCAAAAUUGGGGUGAAAGCGUUUUUCUUCAAUCCCAUCGAUGAACCCAUUCUCAAAGAAGCUCUAAAGGAGCCAGUUGCUUUCAUGGGUGGGAUGUUUGCGGGUCUUUUAAGGCUUGAUUUGAAAGAAGAACCACUCAAGGAAUGGAUUGCGAGGACUGUGGAAGCCUCUGGAGUUACUGAGGAAGAAAUUGAUGCUGGGGGGUCAAAACCAGAAGAAGUCCCACAGCAAAUUGAAAUUGAAUGACGUAAUUAUCUUGGUUUUUACAGCAUAGCAGACACUUGUUGAUUAUACUCGGUUUUUAACUACAGUACAACAUUAGUCGUUCGAAUCUGUCUUUGUAUUAUAAUAAUCUGAGAUGUCUGUCUUUGAAGUCCAUUCACCCUUCUCUUUCCCUCGGUUCUGUAUUCCCAAUUAAAAUUAGCUGAGGAAUAUAUAAAGGAAGGAAAAAUCUUCUUCUUCAGACUA